AUGGAGAUAUGGUUGAAUCAAUCAACCACAGAUGACUUCAUCUUCUUGGGCAUUUUUUCUCGCAGUCCAACUGACCUUGUCCUUUUCUCUGUCGUUCUGGUGGUCUUCACAGUGGCCCUCUGUGGGAAUGUUCUCCUCCUCUUCCUCAUCUACAGAGUUUCUCGACUUCACAUACCCAUGUACUUUUUCCUCAGUCAGCUCUCUCUCAGGGACCUCAUGUUGGUUUGUACCACUGUGCCAAAGAUGGUGGUAAACUUCAUGUCUGGCAAGAAGUCCAUCUCCUUUGUGGGUUGUGGCAUACAAAUUGGCCAAUUUGUCUGUCUUGUGGGAUCUGAGGGGCUCUUGCUGGGACUCAUGGCUUAUGACCGCUAUGUGGCCAUUAGCCACCCACUUCACUAUCCUGUCCUCAUGAGUCAGAGGGUCUGCCUCCAGAUUGUCGGGAGCUCUUGGGCCUUUGGGAUAAUAGAUGGUGUGAUCCAGAUGGUGGUAGUAAUGACCUUUCCCUACUGUGGCUUGAGGGAAGUGAACCACUUCUUUUGUGAGAUGCUAUCCUUGUUGAAACUGGCCUGUAUAGACACAUCCAUUUUUGACAACGUUAUAUAUGCUUGCUGUAUCUUCAUGCUGUUUCUUCCCUUCUCCAUCAUUGUGGCCUCCUAUGCUCAUAUCCAGAGUGCAUGUUCUGCUCAGGCUGGCAAAAAGGCCCUGGCCAUCUCUUCCUCCCAUCUGACACCUGUCUUCCUCUUCUAUGGGGCAGCCAUGUUCAUCUACCUGAGGCCCCGGCGCUACCGGGCCCCUAGCCAUGACAAGGUGAUCUCUAUCUUCUACACCAUCCUUACUCCUAUGCUCAGCCCCCUUAUUUAUAGCUUGAGAAACCAGGAGGUGAUGGGGGCCCUGAGAAAGGCGUUGGACCAUUGCAGGAUUGGCAGCCAGCACUGA